GACCCGGUCUCUAAGCAAAAAGGGCUGGAGGCAUAGCUCAGUGGGAAGUAAGGAAAAUGAAGUGAACUCCAGGAAUGGAGCAGGGAGCUCAGCGUCUCUGGAUGAGAAGUCUCCUUGCUUUCCCCGUUCGCUCUAGGGCGCAGCCCCAGACGUGCUGGCCCCCGGGAGCCUUGGGAUCCCCAAGCGUGGCGAGAACUGCGCGGCAGGGUUGUCCGAGGGCCGCGGCCCCUCGGCUGUGCACAGCUCCUAGCUGCUAGGUGCUCGGAGGCGGGACCCUGGAAGGCAGGGGCGCGGGGCCCACGUGGAAGCCUCCCCGGGGUGGGGGCGCCUUUCCCUGGAGCUGGAGCGCCCGGGGACUUGGCUAGAAGCGGCGACGGCCCUUUUAGUAGGGAUGCUCAGCAGUCGCGGUGGCGGGUCCACGUGGCUCGCUCUCGAGCUCACUGAGGAUUCUGCUGGUUCCGAAGGGCAGGGACAGGGAGGGGGCGGAGGUCUGGAGGCGGGCCCUGGAGCGGACCAGUCCUGGGAGGGGGCGGAGCCCUAGGGGCGGGACUGAGACCAGGAAGGGCGGGGCCUGGGAACACGCUAGUGCCGAGAGGGGCGGGGCCUCUUAAGGGCGGGCCCGGAGAGGGGCGGGGACAGACGCUCCGCCAGUCCUGGGUAAGGGGCGGGGCCUCCCAGCUCUCUGGCUGGGCUUCGGCCAACGCUAGCAGCUCAGGGAAGGGAGAGCGCAGAUCGUGGAGGGCGCAGAGCGGGUUUGAGCCUGCUGGAGAGGGACUUAGACACCGAGGGUCGCCUCCCGCCGCCGCGUCCAAGCCGGGCCAUGCAGCCCCGAGGUUGAGGGGCCGGAUGGCGACCAGGGCGCAUGGAGAACUUCCGUAAGGUGCGCUCGGAGGAGGGGCCCGAGGAGGGCAGCGCGGGCACGGGGCCCUUCGCUGACCUGGCGCCCGGCGCUGUGCAUAUGCGGGUCAAGGAGGGCAGCAAGAUCCGCAACCUGCUGGCCUUCGCCACUGCCAGCAUGGCGCAGCCGGCCACGCGCGCCAUCGUCUUCAGCGGCUGCGGCCGGGCCGCCACCAAGACCGUCACAUGCGCGGAGAUCCUGAAGCGCCGCCUGGCGGGGCUGCACCAGGUCACGCGGCUGCGCUACCGAAGCGUGCGCGAGGUGUGGCAGAGCCUGCCCCCGGACCCGGGCUGCCCACCCGCCAGCCUCAGUGUCCUCAAGAACGUGCCCGGCCUCGCCAUCCUGCUGUCCAAGGACGCGCUGGACCCGCGCCAGCCCGGCUACCAGCCCCCGGGCCCCCGCCCCGGCCCGCCGUCCUCUCCCGCCGCGCCGACGGCCAAGAGGGGCCCGGGGAACACCGCGGCUGGAGAGGGAGCCCCGAAGAGAUCUCAGCCCGAGCCGGGGGCUGGGGAAGAGGACCGCACGGCCUGAGCUACCUGGACCACCUGGGCCUCUGGAUCUUCAGCGCCUCCACCUUCAGACACACCUCCAACUUCCACGACUUGGUCCUUAAGCGCCCACAUCCUGGAAACAGCACCUCAGACCGGCAGCAUGAACCCCAAGGUUACCAGAGAGGGGGCCCAGGAGUGGCAGGACAGGAUCCUGACCAGCCAGGGAGGUUUGGUAGGAGGUUGUUCCCAAGAGACUGAGCUCCACCUUCAGCUUUACUGGACCAUCCUGAGACCUUCCUAGGGAACAGUGGGCCUUGUUUGGGACCAUGUGGGGCUUAAAGACACCUACCUUCUUGUUGGGGACCCGGACUCUGCAGCCUAGAAGAGCUCUUGGAAUCGCCCCCAGCAGGAACAGGAGUUCAUAGGCUGAGAAACUGACCCCUUGAGGCUAGAGGAAUCAGAUGUGGAGCCUGUCUGUGUUCUGCCCCCAACCCUGGGACCAGUUUUCUUUUUCUUUUCAUUGUUUUAACAUCCCCUUCCCCAAGUCGUCCUGGAGGGAGAGACCCAGGAUGGAACUUUCCCUACCUGAGCCCCACAGCUGGAGUCUUGCUUCCAAUAAAACAAAUGCAUAAAUCG